UGUGAAACGGUCUGGGACACUAACAGGGACAGAGUUAUCACCGCCAGGAUUAUUUUACUGUUAAAAACUAUUACUGGAAUUUAUGGAAAUGCGCAAAGACGCGUGCGGUUCUUUGGCACACUGGGGACCAUCGCUUGGAAUGUAGAAGUGUCUACUUUUAAUAGAAUAAUUGGAUUAGACACAACUGAUUUCGGAAUUGUCGCUGUGAGGAUUACAAUUAUGAUAGACAUCUUAUUUUGUUUGUGCCUCAUCCAUGUGUCAGGUGCGGUGACAGACCUGACCAUAAUCUCCAACGCCGAGGCCUCCACACCUCAGCUCUUCUCCAUCUCCUGCCUCACCGGGGAGCGGGACGCAGCAGAGCUGGACCUGGACAUCAAGAAGGACAACAGCAUCCUCAUCCUCUCCUCACGGCCACAUUACAGAGUCAAAAGGCCCAAGACCAAGGAGGUGGUGGCGAACGAGUUUGUGGGUGUGAUGGACCAAACAGGCAUAUUUUACUGCCAUGCAUCCCAGGGAACCGAUCCUCCUAGAAACCUGGGUACAGUGACACUCAUCAACAACUUUGCCAAAGCCCUAUUUGUCCCGACCCACCUCACAGUGACAGCUAACAGAGGAGACACAGUUCACCUGGCCAUGCAGGUCCUGAGCUCCCAGAGAAGAGACGUCACCUGGAAAUACAACGGUAACUAUUUCUACAUGACCCACUGGGGUGAUGUGUCCAACAGUACGGCUGUACUAACCCUGGAGGAUGUGGCUAGUGCCAAUGAGGGCAUCUACAGUGCCAGCUUCGUGGGAGACAGUCCCGUCUAUGGAGCCUGGAUGAGGCUGAUUGUCAGAGACUGUGGUAGUAAGAAGUGGGGUGCCGACUGUGACAAGGACUGUCCAGAGUGUCUCAAUGGAGGUGUGUGUCACCACCGGGAUGGGGACUGCAUCUGCCCACCGGGGUUCAUGGGGAUGCGCUGCGAGACAGCCUGUAGAGAGGGAAUGUUUGGGCUUAAUUGCCAGGAGUCAUGCAGGUCAGAGAUGGACUGUAGAGGGCUGAGGUUCUGCCUGGCUGACCCUUAUGGAUGUUCCUGUGCCAGUGGCUGGUCUGGGAACCACUGCAACAGAUCCUGCCACAGGGACAUGUACGGGGCAGACUGCAGGCUGAGCUGUAAGUGUAAGAACGGGGGAGUGUGUAACCGCUUCAGUGGAUGUCAGUGUCCCACUGGCUGGAGAGGACAGAACUGUGAGAAAUCAGACCGCGCCCCCCAGAUCUUGAACAUGGCCAGUAGUUUAGAGUGGAACCUUAACUCCAGCCCCAAGAUCCUAUGUUCCGCCACAGGCAACCCCCUGCCCAGCCACACCAGCAUCGAGCUGCGCAAACUGGACAGCACUGUGCUCAAGGCGUCUCGCACCACCAUGGACUCCAAUAAGAGCACAGCCCAGUUUGAGAUUCCCCGUCUGUCCACUGAGCAUGCUGGGUUAUGGGAGUGCAGGGUUUCCACCAAUGGGGGACAAGACUCAAGGAAGUUCAACCUCAUUGUCAAAGAGCCGCCAUGCCCCAGCACCCCUCCCAAGCUGCUGGAGAAGAGGAGUAAGCAGCUGGUGGUGAUGCCUGUGGAGUCCUACAGAGGAGACGGACCCAUCGACUCCACCAAGCUCCUCUACAAGCCCAUGGAGACAGGAGACUCCUGGUCCUCCAUCAUAGUAUACAGUAGAGAGCCUAUAACUCUGAUGAAUCUGAAGCCAUCUACACGCUACCACGUCCGUGUCCAGUUGACCCGUCCUGGGGAGGGAGGGGAGGGAACUCUGGGACCUGAGGCCAUCAUGGAGACUGACUGUCCAGAACCCACGCUUCGACCAGCGAUUGACUUCAGCUCGCUGGAGGGCCGCAACGCCACUGUGCGCUGGCUGUUGCCUGGCAAUGCGGCCAGGGCUGUGGGUGUGGCCAGCGGGUUCUUAGUGCAGCUCUUCGGGCCCUCCCCCUCAGAAGAGAAGCUGAGAGAGGAGACCACCCUGCUCAAUGUGCUCUCCACCAAGUUCUACAACCUGCAGUACCACCAAGACUACAAAGUGGUCGUCAGGCUGCUCAACUGUGGCAGCCUGGGGCCCGCCUCUAAGCCAUACAACUUCCGCAUAAACAGCCAGGGUCCCUCAUCUCCUCGGAACGUCCAGGCCCUUCCCCUGUCUGUGUCUGCGGUGCAGGUGAAGUGGCAGCCCCCUCAGGACCCUAACGGGGGCAUAGUGAAGUACAUCAUAGAGUACCAGCCGGUGGGUCAGGGCAGCCUGCACCCCUGGGUCGACACAGACGAUGGCAACAAGACGGCUAAAGACGUGACAGCGCUCAACGGCAGUACUCUCUACCAGUUCAGAGUGAGGGCCUUCUCUAAAGUACCCGGGGAGUGGAGCAAGUUUGUCCAUGCCAGGACCCAGGGAGAUGGUCUCCAGGACUUCACUCCUACCACCCAGGGUGUGGGGGGGCGUCCGGGCAGUGAGGGCUACCAGCUGUUGGUGGCUGUGGUGGGGUCUGUGACGGUCACCUGUGUCACCAUCCUGUUGGCCCUGCUGGCUCUCUUCUGCAUCCGCAAGACCCUGCUCAACCGCAGACGCACCUUCACCUACCAGUCUGGAUCGGGAGAGGAGACCAUCCUCCAGUUUAACUCUGGGACCCUGACCCUGACAAGGAGGCCAAAGCCUGCCUUUGAGCCCCUCACCUACCCCAUCCUGGAGUGGGAUGACAUCAAGUUUGAAGAUGUGAUCGGAGAGGGCAACUUCGGCCAGGUCAUCAAGGCCAUGAUCAAGAAGGACGGGGCCAAGAUGAGCGCCGCUAUCAAGAUGCUGAAAGGUAAGUUUGCCUCGGAGAAUGACCACCGGGACUUUGCAGGAGAGCUGGAAGUGUUGUGUAAACUGGGCCAACAUCCCAACAUCAUCAACCUCAUAGGAGCCUGUGAAAACAGGGGGUACCUGUACAUUGCCAUUGAGUACGCCCCAUUUGGAAACCUACUUGACUUCCUGCGUAAGAGCCGAGUCCUAGAGACAGACCCUGCCUUCGCCAAGGAGCACGGCACAGCCUCCACCCUCACCUCACAACAACUGCUACAGUUCGCCGUCGACGUGGCUACCGGCAUGCACUACCUUAGCGACAAACAGUUCAUCCACAGAGACCUGGCAGCGAGGAAUGUUUUAGUGGGAGACAACCUGGUGGCCAAGAUAGCAGACUUCGGUCUGUCCCGAGGGGAGGAGGUCUACGUCAAAAAGACCAUGGGGAGGUUGCCAGUGCGUUGGAUGGCGAUAGAGUCCCUAAACUACAGUGUGUACACCACCAAGAGUGACGUGUGGUCUUUCGGUGUACUUCUAUGGGAGAUAGUGAGUUUAGGUGGUACUCCCUACUGUGGGAUGACCUGUGCUGAGCUCUAUGAGAAACUCCCCCAGGGCUACAGGAUGGAGCAGCCCAGGAACUGUGAUGACGAAGUGUAUGAGUUAAUGAGGCAGUGCUGGAGAGACCGGCCAUAUGAGAGACCUCCUUUCUCUCAGAUCUCUGUACAGCUCAACAGGAUGCAGGAGGCCAGGAAGGCCUACGUGAACAUGGCACUCUUCGAGAACUUCACCUACGCUGGGAUAGACGCCACGGCCGAGGAGGCCUGACUACCAGCCCCCACAAACCCCAGCAGGUCACGUAGCCCACGGGAGAGGCCCCGAGGCUCAGCCCUGCGUUACUGCCGCCCCCCUGCUGCUGCCCAACGUUGGGACCGAUGGAAUAGCAGACGAUCCACCUGGACCACGAGGGUAUAGAGGGAGGACUGUGAAAGGACACUUGAGGUCUUACGGGGGCUGGGAAGGGAGAUGUGGAACUGGACACUGCAUGAAGUGCUUACAACCCUGCCAGGUGGGUUGGUGGGUGGGGCUUGGGGUUGCCUUUGGGCCUGGUUUGGGAGAUGUGACACUAGACUUGGGACAUGUUAUGGUUCUUGUUUGAAGGACAGGAUGGACAAGGAAGGUGCUCCAUGACAUGAUACUACACUGCCAGAGUCGCAUGCUACUACACUGCCAGAGUCUGAUGGGUGCUCUAUGAACUUUCAGCCCUUCAUCCAAAUGAAGAGAGGACUUUUUUGUGGACAUAUGGACACACGUGGAGUUUGCUGUCCAUUCCGAGAUGGAUUGAGAUGGAUCCGACUGGGGAAAAAACAAUGUAGCACUUGUCUAUUCACUUAUUUCUCGUUUUGUAGUAUAGGGGAGAGUGGGAUAAGUUGAGCCAUUUUUUACAUUCAUCAUCACUCCAUUAAGGGAAAUAUAGUAUCUUUCCAACAACGAUAUCUACAUAUAUUUCAGGAUGUUGUGUAUCCCUGGAAAUAA